AUGCCGUUCCUCCAAGAGCCCGCCGAGGACGCGCCCGUCGUGCGGGUGCGCGACCUGCACGACGACGAGAAUUUCGUCCUGAGCGAGUUUGAGCGUCACGCCGGCCACUGCUCGCGCUGCGCGGAUCCCCUCGACGCCUUCCGCGAAGGCCGCUCCCUCUGCGAGCGCGGACACCAGUAUGCGAUCGACGUGGCGGAAUACGUCUUCAGCAAGAAUGGCAAGGCCUACUCGGUCGUCGACCAGGGCUUCAACCAACAGACGCUGGUCAAGAUCCCGCGCGACUGCAAGGCGGCGCGUCGCCUGCUCCUGGCGAUCGAGGAAGGCCUGCGCCUGCGUCGCAGCCAGCAGCAGGACCAAGGGCCGGUCAUCAGCUACGAUUCCACCUACCCGGUUGCGCCUCGACGACCGGCCGCCCCGGAGCCGUACACUCAGAUCAUCGAGCGCGCGCCUCGCACGCGGCGCCGGGUCAUUGUCUACCGGCGCGGCUCUCCCAGUCGCGGGUCGCUGUACGAGUCGGACUUUGUGGACCGCAUUGAACGCCAUUACGAUGCGCUGCGGGUGCAUCGGCCUGCCGAAUACUUCCGCUGA